AAUAAAUUCUCUAUGUGGAGUAGAGGUAGUUAUGGUGGUGCUCAACCAUCAACAGAUGAUAGACCAGCUCCUGCAACUAAUCGAUUUUCAUUACUGACAAGAUCAAGCAAUGAAGGAGAUAGAAGAGUAACUCUAGGAACAUCUAGGCCAAUGACUGGUGGUCGAUCUCAGAAUUCAAGUAGAGAUAGCAGUUGGAAUCGUGAUGACCAUCGACCUUAUGGACCUAGAGGCUCAAGAGAGGGAGAGAAUGUUAUGACCCGUAGUGAUAUAUCAUUGCGUCCUAACUCAGAUUCCCUAUUACCCCCAACCACAGUAUCACCAGUCCCUGGUGCUGAUGAUCAGUCUGUCAAGAAAAUGAAACCUCUGUCACGUGAAGAAAUGGAAAAUAAAGCAAAAAUCAUUUUGGAAGAGUUCCUAAGUGUUAAGGAUAUUGAAAAAGCAAAAUCAUGCUUGCAAGAAUUGGUGGGACAAACAUACCUUGAAGUGUUGGUUAGUUUUUGUAUAAUUGAUGUUCUUAAAAAGUCAACCAUAGAGCGUGAUUUAACAGGCCAGUUUUUCCAUGAAAUAGUUAAAAAUAACCUCAUACCCUGUGUUACAUAUUUCAAAGGCUUGUCUGAAAUUUUGCAAUUAGCUGAAGACAUGGUGAUAGAUAUUCCAAUGAUUUGGACUUAUUUGGCUCAGUUAAUAGCUCCCGUUCUAAUUGGUGGUUCAGUGCCUUGGUCUGACCUGAUACAAGUACUUCAAACUAGCCUUGAAAAAAGUUGCUGUUUAAAACUUUUAACAGAAAUUUUAUUACAUGCCAAAAAUAUUACGAGCAAAGCUUUCGUUGCCCGAAUGUGGCAGAGCAGCCAUCUUAAAUGGUCUCUUAUUAUAGGUCAUUCAAAUGUAACGAAAUUCCUUGCAGAAAAUAACCUGAACUUUACCAUAGCCCCAUGCUAGAGACAAGAUGUAUACGUAAAAUUGUGGUUUGAUGGAAGUUUUAAAUUACAAACAUAAGUGAAUGCACACCGUCACCAAUAGGGCUUUAAUGGGUGUCAGGGGGUUUGAACCCCUCCAUGGCUGUUAUUUUCGUUUAAUGGUGAUUUCUGAUAUGCAGGAGUAUUGCUGUAUUAUUGCCACUGAUUUUUAUUAUUUUCAACUUAAUUAGCCAAUGUUUUAAUUUGUUGUGCUUUUAUUUUUAAUUAUAUUUAGUAUGAGGGUUGAUUUUUUUGUGUAUUAUUUUGGAUAUUGUUUUUUAUUUUAUUGGGAGACAGCUUUGGUAUUGGUAUUUUUUCG